UAGAAAUAACAUAGAUGAGUCUUUGAUGAUAUAUUUGAGCCUUUGCCAAAAAAAUUAUAAAUCCAAAACUUAUGCAUUAAAAAUUCCGUCUCUGUCUCGAGUUGAUAAAAGAAAAAAUGAUACAAGACUUUUAUUUUUAACAGAAUUUCCAGCUCAUCCAAUUUUAAAACGUAACUGACAAUUUUACCCCCCUAACUAACUAACUCCCUCAACCACCUUUCGAAUUUUUGGCUCGUGUCUUCCAUUUUCAGCUCCCAAUCCAAAAAAAAAAAAUUGAUUUAGAAUCACAACAGUUGAAUUACUUUUUUUUUCUUGUUGAUUUUUCUUUGAUUUUUGCAUUCUCUGAUCUUUUGUAUUUACGGAAAAAUUUAAUUUGUUAUUUUUUUUAUAUAUAUAAAAUGGGUUUGAUUUCGGGGAUUAUGUUGGGGAUGAUGUUCGGGAUCGGUAUAAUGGCAGGUUGGCAACAUAUGAUGAGGUAUCGAAGCCGCAAACGAGUCGCCAAGGCAGUGGAUGUAAAACUAAUGGCCUCCCUGAACAGGGAUGAUCUAAAGAAAAUAUGUGGAGAUAAGUUCCCUGAAUGGAUAUCAUUCCCAGUCUUUGAACAGGUCAAAUGGUUGAACAAACAAUUAAGCAAACUGUGGCCAUUUGUUGCUGAUGCAGGAGAAGCUAUCAUAAAAGACUCUGUUGAACCUAUAUUAGAAGAUUAUCGACCUCCUGGAAUUUCGUCAAUGAAGUUCAGCAAACUGUCCUUGGGAACUGUAGCUCCUAAGAUUGAAGGUAUUCGAGUUCAAAAUCUUAAAAAGGGUCAAAUUAUUAUGGAUAUUGACCUCAGAUGGGGCGGUGAUCCUAAUAUUGUUAUAGAAGUUGAUGCAGUGGUUGCCUCUAUACCCAUUCAGUUGAAAGAUUUACAAGUCUUCACUGUUAUACGUGUUAUAUUCCAACUAGCUGAGGAAAUUCCCUGCAUUUCUGCUGUUGUUGUUGCUUUACUUUCUGAGCCAAAGCCAAGAAUUGAUUAUACUUUAAAAGCUGUUGGUGGAAGCUUAACAGCUCUUCCUGGACUUUCUGACAUGAUAGAAGACACUGUAAAUUCAAUUGUAACAGAUAUGCUAGAAUGGCCUCACAGAAUCGUUGUACCAAUUGGAGGCGUACCUGUGGAUACAAGCGAUUUGGAGCUUAAGCCACAGGGGAAACUAACUGUAACUGUAAUGAGGGCUACAAACUUAAAGAACCAAGAAAUGAUUGGAAAAUCUGACCCAUAUGUGGUCGUGUAUAUUCGUCCGCUGUUUAAGUUUAAGACAAAAACCAUUGACAACAACCUAAAUCCUGUUUGGGAUGAGACAUUUGAGUUGAUUGCAGAAGACAAGGAGACUCAGUCUCUUCUCCUAGAGGUUUUUGAUGAAGACAUUGGAGAAGAUGAUCGAAUGGGUGUCACAAAGUUGUCUCUGAAUGAGCUUGAAUCCGACACUCCAAAAGAAAUUGAAUUAAGGUUGCUGCCAAAAUAUGAUAUGCUCAAAAUCAAAGAUAAAAAGGAUAGAGGAACUAUUACCAUCAAGAUACUGUAUCAUGAAUUCAACAAGAAAGAUCAAUUAGCAGCUCUGGAGGAAGAGAAGAGGAUCAUAGAAGAAAGGAAGAAACUAAAAGCAGAAGGGGUUAUUGGAAGCUCAAUGGAAGCCCUUGAUGGUGCAGCAGCUUUAGCUGCUUCAGGUGUUGGCGCGGCAGGAAGUGGCAUUGGUGCAGGAUUAGGUGCUGGUGUAAGGGUAGUAAGAAGUGGACUAAGCAAAACCAAAAAGUUUAUGGGAAGAACCUUCACAGGACAGUCAACCAAUCACAAGAAAAGUGACUCUCACUCUCCUCCAAGUGUUGUUAAUCAAGAUUAAUAAUAUCCUGUAUAUACAGCAGUCCCUAUAUAGAUUUUCAAUAAUGAUUAGUUGUUUUUUUUUAUGAGUUAGAUCUUAGUGUUUGGAUACCAUAUGUUGAUUGAUUCAAUGAUGCUUAUUUCUAAAGAUGGAAAUUAAUCUGUUGAUGCAAACUACAACUUCUCAAUCUCAACUAGGCUCCUUACUUCGAUACAUAUUUCUGUCUUAUGUUAGCACAUAUAUGUAUUUGUAAAUGAUCAUAGGAGAUCGUCUCAUUUUAUGUUGGUAACAAUAUUACAACUUGAUAGAGUCAAAUAUUUGUCUUCUA